AUGCUGAUUAUUCUGAGUAGGAAAACAAUUGAUGGAGCCCCCCAGUUGAGAUCAGGCAUCGCCGGUCUCCUCGGAGAGGAAGCAGAGGUGCUCAGUAAGGGGCCACUAGAAGACCUCGAGAUUAAAGAUCUUGACGAGGAUGCUACGAAGAAGGACAUCCUUGAAGCUCUGCAAAAAGCAGCUGGGGAGGAGUAUGUAAUAGCUCCUGAGGCCAUCAAGUCUUUGCGUAACGCAUAUGGAGGAACCCUGACUGCCUCAGUGACACUUGCAGCAACUACCGCGAAAAAGAUCCUGGGAGAGCACGGUAAGAUUAGGAUAGGCUGGGUCAACUGCCGUAUCAGGAGAGUGGAGAGACCAAUAAAGUGCUUCAAGUACUGGCACUAUGGUCACCUCGCCACGAAAUGUAGGAGUACAGUCAACCGAUCAAAACUUUGCGUGAAGUGUGCAGAGGAUGGUCACAAAGCAAAGGAUUGCAAGAAGGAGCCAUGGUAUGCCCUGUGCACUGAGAAUGACAAUUCAGAGAAUUGUGCCCACAUUGCUGGUAGCGGUAGAUGCCCAGCAUAUAAGGAGGCAUUCCAGAAGCUCAGUAAUAAAAGGCAAUCAUAA